UACGUCUAAGCGAGCUAGGUAAGUAGCGGUUCCUUCAUACUAACUGGCACCCACCGACGAUUACUAAAAUCCGACAAACCCUCCGUAAACGGAUCCCUUGCCGGACACCUUGCAUAAAGGCAUCUCGAGUCCUUACAAAGCCUCUCGGAAUCAUGGGGAACAUUUUUGGGAAUCUGUUAAAGAGCCUCAUAGGGAAGAAGGAGAUGAGGAUCCUGAUGGUGGGCCUGGACGCUGCAGGAAAAACUACAAUCCUCUACAAACUCAAACUGGGCGAAAUAGUCACCACGAUCCCAACCAUCGGCUUUAAUGUGGAGACGGUGGAGUACAAGAACAUCAGCUUCACUGUGUGGGAUGUGGGUGGGCAGGACAAGAUCCGCCCCCUCUGGAGACACUACUUUCAAAACACACAAGGUUUAAUCUUUGUGGUGGACAGCAACGACAGAGAGCGUGUCAAUGAGGCACGAGAGGAGCUGAUGAGGAUGCUGGCUGAGGAUGAGCUGAGAGAUGCAGUGCUUCUCGUGUUUGCCAAUAAACAGGACUUGCCGAACGCCAUGAACGCCGCCGAGAUCACAGACAAGUUGGGUUUACACUCCCUGCGCCACCGUAACUGGUACAUCCAAGCCACCUGCGCCACCAGCGGCGACGGCCUCUACGAGGGCCUCGAUUGGCUGGCCAAUCAGCUUAAGAACAAGAAGUAGGAAGUUAGGAAAAACAUCAACGUCCGACUUUUUGUUUGUUUGUUUGUUUCAUUGGGGACUGACGGUGCGGGAUCGAAGAAUCUGAAGAGAUUUUAGGCUUUCAUUUUCAGUCUCUCAUUGUUUGAGCCGAGUUUCAACCACGCGCUAACCAUCAACAAUCACUCCGGCAUGUGCUUUUUUUCUCUUGUCUGUAGGUGCAGUGUGCUCUUAUGUUUGUUGGGUCACGUGACUCCAUCACACUGGAGAAGUUGACUCGUGUGUGUGUGUGUUUUCUCACUAAAGCUCACGCUCAGUUGUCUUUUGUUACCUGACGCAGCCGAGUUGUACAAACAACAACAACCACUAUGGGAAGAAUUCUGAGCAUUUUAUUUGAUAUCCAUCUUGAGGUCCAUGUACCUGCACGUGCGGUCCUGUAUGCAAAUGUGCUUGCAGCUCCUCUGGGGAAUCUGAUGGAGUGUUUUUUAUUUUUUUAUUAAAAUAGCAAAAAAUUGUUUACAGGGAUUUUUAUGUUUGUUUGCUUUUACUGCUGUAACUCCUGAAUUUCCACUUUAUGGGGAUCAGAAAUGGGUAUGUUAAGAGAUGAAAAUACAAAUACAUACUAGUAAAGCAAAAUAUUGCACUAGUGUGUGAUCCUACAUCAUAAAUACAAAUUCUUCCAAAAAGUGCAUACUUGUACCUGGAUAUCAAGGAUAUCGAAUAAAUACUCCAAACGACUUCCCACAUCCAAUUCUGAGUUGUGUGUAUUCGGCCUGGAACAAAAUGAACACAUUCUUGUCACGCCUUUUUGGGCGGGAAUGUUGAAAAACACUCUUUAUUUCAAAAGUCAGUUGUCAUUCUAGGCGUUCGUCCGAUUGUUUCGGUUGUUGCAACCUCAUAUCUGUGUUUACUGAAUGUGAAUAUUACAUGUGUCUGUAGAAAAGGCAGUUAAGUACACUAUAUUUAUUUUACACAGUCAUUUAUUUAGGUGAUGUGUCAGCAUAGAAAAGAAAGCAGGGUAAAUUGUGGGGAGCUGAUACCAGCAAGCUUCCGUGUCCUCAUGUGAAAGGAUUUUGUCGAAAUGUAUCUGUGCAUCUAUUCUAUGUUCAACCAUGAGUUUGAUCAUUUGGGUUUUGGUGGCCUUAUAUGUAGUGACGGCUAAAAAAAAAAUUGAUUUGAUCUUUUGCUUCUGAAUAUUUAUCAGGAAUAAUGUUUGGAUUAUUUCUCUCACGCUGUCAAAACAGCUUUUGUGCACUGUAGUUUGAGAUGAUUAGGCAAAAGUUUGUUUUGCUGUAGCUUCUGUUUUGCCUCUAUACUUGAUCCAUCAUUAGUGGUAGGUCUUAUUUGUAAGAGUGGGGGAAGGGGGGGUAUUUAAACAAAAGAAAAAAAUGUAAAAUGUGACCACGUCAGUAAAGCAAAUGCAAAAAGUGAAGAACCCCGGUAUUCAUUAUGUACCGUUCUAGUUACACGCAUCGAUGUCCAUGUUUCAAUGCUGAAUGCAUGGAGAGCAGACAUCGAUGUGAUGAUCACUUCCUGCUGUAUCACCAAUAAACCCAUUUUCUGUAGGACCAGUCUCAUCA